UAAGUUAAAAACAUUUCUAUGUGUGAAAGGGACUCCGAGUUGCCUUGUAAUUGUGCGGCGUUGUACGCAUCCGCAUGCCGCACAAGGUACCGGCAUCCUUGGUCUUUUUGUUUUUCUUGCCGUCCACACACGCAUGACGACUUUGACCUCCCUAGCGUAGUUUCACCGUCGGUACGGAACGCAAAAUUGUCGAGUCGUGUCUACGGACACAUAUCUGUGAUUUCCGGCGUUAGCGCGUUGCACAACGCACAUCGACAGUAGUUUCAGUAUAACUCUACUGUUGAAACUGUAUUGUACUGUACAUAUUAUGAUAGGCAUAUGGCUUGAAAAAAAAAAUCUCAUUUUGUCGUAAAAUCUUCUAAACACAUAAAGCAAAAACUGCCUUCAGCGCAAUGGAAAAUGAUGAAAUCGACUACAAUAUUGUGUUUCCAGAUGAAGACACCUCCGAGACACACUGGCGGGGAACAAAAGAGCCUGUUGUGAUAUUGUUGGGAUGGGCAGGCUGCAAGGACAAACACCUCACCAAGUACAGCGCCAUCUACAACAAACAGGGAUGUGUCACUAUCCGUUACACAGCUCCUCUGAAGACGGUGUUUAUUUCAGAGUCAUUUGGAUAUCAAGAACUUAGAAGUACAGCCCUCAAAUUGCUGGAAAUCCUCGAUGACUAUGAGGUGGAGCACAGUCCAAUUUUCUUCCACGUGUUCAGUAACGGCGGCUUCAUGCUAUACAGAUAUGUCGUCGAGCUAUUGCACAAGGACAAGCGGUUUAGUUCCCUGUUUGUAAUCGGCGCCAUUGUGGACAGCGCCCCUGGUAGCGGGAACGUCCUCGGGGCAGUGCGGGCAUUGGCAGCCACUUUGGGGCCCAAAAUAAACCUUAUUUUCAAGUCCGUCCUGCUAGCACUGUUUGCCGUGACUGUUUUCCUGUUACGAAUUGUGCUGUACCCCUUAACCAAGUAUGUGCACAAGAACCACUACGACGCAGUGCAAGAGAGGCCACCCGCUUGGCCUCAUUUCUUCCUCUACUCUCGUGCGGAUCAGGUCAUCAGGCAGAGAGACGUCAGGCUCUUUGCAGGCACCCUCGAACGUAAAGGUGUCCCUGUGGACACUUACGAUUUUGUCUCCAGCGUCCACGUGAGUCAUCUCCGGGAAUAUCCGGAGCAGUAUACACGCAAGUGCUGCAAUUUCCUGAUUGCUUGUAUGAAAGACAUAGAUGGGACGCACAUAAGACACCGACUCCGGGUUCAGGAUCAGUGAAUAAUGUGCAGGUCAAAUGAAAGUGGUCUUUGAUCAGCAGGGAGCUGAAAUCGCAGCAAAAUGAUUUGUUUUGGAUAAUCGCUCAUGUACCAGAAUUGAAUUCAGGUCGCUAGAGUUGGAGCCAUAUUUAAAAUGUUUCCUUUCAAAUAUUUUCUUUAAUAACACAACAAAAACAGGUAGUUGAUUCACACUGUUUGAAUGGUACUAAAGACAAUAUAAAUUGUGUCUAAUAUUUGUUUGAUAUGUGACUUACCGUAGGAUAGUAGUAGUGAAUUAUUAUAAUGGAUAUUUAAUCGUGUGUAAUCUUUCAGAUGUCUGUAAUUUUCCUUAACUAUAUUUGUCCGCUAAAUCGUAAUUAUGAGUGUUUUAAAGUCAACCUUUGUUGGAAAAGGAACACAGUACUGGAGUCGCACCGGAAAAACAGGAGACACGCUGAUUUGGCGAAGACUCUCUCAUCUUCCGUUGGUAUGAAUCUGUUUCUAAAAUAUCAAGAUAGUGAAGCAUCAACUUCAGGCAGUGGCACUAGCAGUGCAUGCGCAUGUACAGUUGUCCAGCCAUCGACUUCAACCAGCCAGAAGUCAGGCUCUAUGAACGAAGUUCAAUACACGAAGGCGGACUCGUUAAAGGCAGAGAUCGUGUGCACUUAAAAAGUGAUCUGCAGCCAUUAAAGUUACAAAUCUUGUGAAAAUAAUUCAAAAGUGUUUGCAGUCAUGUUCCCAGACAGUGACAUUGCUAAAAACUACUACUGUGGGGAAAGGAAGACUUCAUACCUGGCUACAUUUGGCAUCGCUGCCCACUUUUCAUCUCUACUGCCUCAAAGCCAAAAAAGCCAGAAUAGAGACUGACAUAUCUACGCUUAUUGAGAAGGCCGAUAGCCUGUGUGAGCAGGUAGAAGAAAAGAGGAAGCUGAGGUUUAUCACCAAUGCCAAUCCAUUCAGAGGCAGAGCAAAGGAAAAGAGAGCCACUUUGGCACCUCUGCAGCAGCAAAUAGAGGAGGCACUGGGUAGGCUCAAGGAGCUACAGUAGGGGUGCUGAGACAGACAUCAGUAGAAGACAUUUGUGUAUAUAGUUGCAAUUGUAGUUAGAAUCUAUUUUUCUGUAGACUGUUAUGUGAAGACAUUGACAAUGGUCAUAUCAAUGAGAACUACCACAAGGGGUGACAGGUGAUCACUGUCACAGGUAGUGAGGUACUGGAACCUUUGAUGAACCAAAAACAGCCGAUGGCACCAUUGGGUGAGUCUUUUUUCCUUACUCUUGAUUUCCCACGAUGGCCCUAAAUUUUUCGUGUCAGCCCCUAAGAAUGGCCCUUAAAAGCCCUUAAAUUUUUUGGGUCCGACUGAGUAUGAACCCUUGUUAUUAUACCCGCUGUAUCUGUCCUUCACAAAUAUCGCCUUCUCAGGAAUGUGGCUUCAGUGAAUCAGAAUGAGAAUAAAAUGUCUCAACCAUAAUUUGCUUGUAUCUAAUUUGCACAGGAUUACACAUGCUGCCUUUAUUUUAUAAAAACGGUUUUAUCUUAUGUUUUGUUAAAACAAAAAAUUAAAGUAAUGUAUUCAUCACACCAACUGAAGUAUUUUAUGAUUUAGCUGUUUUUUAGUAAUUGUAAUGACCAUACCUUGUACCUUACCAACUAGCCGUUCAAAUAAAGAAAUGUAAAUCACAGACUUGACGCCUGAUUUAUUCUGAUAUGUGGAUUCAUUUAUUUAUCCUGAUUUACUUAAGACAGCAAAUAAUGUGUUUGGCCUUUACAAGGUCCAGGUAGAAAUAGGACUCGUCAAAUGUAAAGAUGAGAGCUAGACUGGUUAGGAGACAGAGAAGAAAAAGGUUAAGAUUGAUGUGCGAGAUGGAAUGGGGUGGAGGCGGGGGUCACAGGAGUGCUGGAUUGUAUCCCAGCUAUCUUUAUGCAGGAGGCAGGGUACACACAGAACUGGUUGCCAGCCAAUUGCAGGGCACAUGGACACAGACAACAGUCGCAUUCACAAUCACACCUAGGGGCAAUUUAGAGUUUCCAAUGAAUGUAAGUUUUUGGGAUGUGAGAGGAAACCCACGCAGGCAUGGGAACAUGCAAACUCCACCCAGAGGGGGGCAGAAUUUGAAUCCCGGUCCUCAAAACUGAGGCUAACACUUAACAAACUGCGUCACCGUGCCACCUUGCUAAAAUCAUUUCAAGGUCUACCGACAUCCUUAUAUACAUUUUAAAAUAGAUAUUGUUAUGAAAACUACAUAUAUUAUUCACUUCAAUGUCUAUAUGAAAGAAAAAAUACGAGCGGAGGCCAUGUCAUUCAUGCACAAAGUUGCAGAAGUCUCACUCGACAUCCCAGUGGCAGCCAUAUUGCCCGCAACAUCAUUUAAAGAUGUCACAGUGGGUCAGUCAUUAUUGAGAAGAUGCUGUCUGAAGUAAGAAUAAUUUUAUUGUGUUGUUUUUCCAUAAUUAAAAGAUGUUUCGCAAUAGCUUCGUAUAUGUUUCGCAAUAGCUUUGUAUAACCUAAAAGACGAUCGCAAUAGCUUUGAAUAACCAGCAAUGUCAUAAAAGGAUGUUUGGAUAACCAGCAAUGUCAUAAAAAGAUGUUUUUGUGUUAUAUGAUGUCGUGCAACGCCAUCUGUUGGUAACAAAGAAUAGUGUGGCGUCAGGCGGGAUGAAUUGGCCACUCACCCCUCCUUCCGCACAUGCUUAGAGUAUAAAAGGAGAACUUUAGAUACUCUCGGUAGAGUCUGCUGCGGGUUGCGUACGGAUGCCCAGCCGGUAUUGAAGCUGCUCUCUACCUGGAGUGUUGGCUCUCCAAUAGCGCACGGUAAGAGCUGGAUAUUCUUCUAAGAGCUGGUUGGAUAUUACUUAGCUUCAUACCACGUGAUUUGUGCUUGUGCUUGUGUUACCAUUUCUGUGUGGGACCAAUAAAGUGCCAAUUGUUGGUAGCCAGAAGUGUGUCUUGUCUUCAUUUCUGAGUGCCUAUCUCCGACGAACCUAUUAAAAUUUGAUACCGAACUCCUGAGCGAGGUAUCAGAAAUGUUUUAAAACACUGUCCCACCUGCUAUGGGAGAUGAACAACAGAUUUUCAAAUUUUUCCUACACCCCUUCUGACACAGAAGCUCUUAUCGAAGAAGAGAACAUCUCACAAUGGAAUGAGGCACUGUGUGUGUAUGUGUGUGUGUGUGUGUGGGGGGCAUAUUACCCUAUAAUUUCGAGCCAUAAGACGAUAUGCAGAUCACUUAUAGGAAAUAUUCAAAAUGAUUGGCAUAUAAUUGUUCAAUUUCCUAACUCUUUUACAAGUCUUGUGUAUGUAGCGUACUCAGGAGGACCCAUACCAAGCGAAGUAACUACUUCAGGGGUGCCCAGACACUGGUAGCCGGUGAGGGGGGGAACUCCUUUCUUCUUCCCACAUGCGGCCAAACCACCUCUCCGCACAAUCCACUUCUGCGUCAAAGGAUAAUGCCGCGGCCGCCGGUGAACGACAAUAACGCCGCGGCCGUGCACACUGACACAUUCAGCACUUUUGUUACGUUCUGCGAUGAAGGAUUAUGUCGUUGAUGUGGAUGGAGUUUUUUAUGAUUGCUGCUUUCUGUUGGAUUAAUUGGAUGUAAAGUUAUCUCAUAUUUGGUUUCUUGGUUUUUAAUGCUUCAUUGCUUAUGUGAUGUGAUACAGUCGAGAGGCCCAUUGGAUGCCAUGGAAACUUUGCUAUGAUGUACUUAAACAAAUGUGAUGCAAUCAAGUUACAUUGGGUGCCGUGGAAACACCAGACAGUGAUGCAGAAGACAACAGAAGACUGACGAUCGCAAGAGGAUGGUGAAGACAUCGCAAAGACUCACAUGGACUAUUUUUGUCACGGUUGCUUUGUUUGUCACAUUUGCCUUGUUGUGAUGCAAAACACGCUAAGGAAUAAAAAAGUGGAGACGUGGACAUGUGAUUAGAACGGGUUGGAGAUUAUGAAAGAGACACAUCCCACAUUCUCCUCGCGAGCCAGAAGUUCCUCUUGUCUUCCUUCCUUGAUAAUUUUACUUUAAAUGUCCUAGGCUCCUUAAACCUGACACUUUCGAAGAAGUUGUUCGAGUUUGGUGAUUACGCGUCCUCUUGUUACACGCUACUGGACUGUCUUUGUACUUCUCUUUUAUUGUUUUGUGUUGUAUUGUAUUGUGUGUGUGAUUAAAUUGUCUUAAACAGAA